CUGUCAAACAAUGAGCAUGCACGGGUGGAUUUACGUUAGGAACAAAACGCCGGAUUUCAAGAAAUAACACGUUCAAUUGCGUACCGAGAAUUCGUGUUUUAAGUGUCCUUCGUACUGUUCCGGGUACUUUUCUUGCGUGAUUGAAGGAAAAUCGGGCACGUAGUACGGCUAUUUAAAGAACGCACUGGCAAAAAGAUGGGGAAAGUGAAGCAUCCCAGCAAAGGUGCGGCGAAUGGACACACAAAAUCCAACCACACCGGCGGCGGUGUGCAAAAACGGGCCAAGAAACUUAACCCCAAUGCGUCGCGUUCCUGUGACGUGGCAGCGAAACACACCGGAAGCAUGAAACAACCGAAGCGACCGGAAAAAGCAAGCAAAGAAAGCACUUCUUCUGGGUGGUCUGUUGAGAGCGGUGAAUGUCGGCCCAGUAACGAGGGCAAUUCGAAAAGCUGGACCGGGCCACCGCUUCGUUCGAAUGCCAGCGCCAAGCCCCAAGUGGUGGCGUUUAAGCGUAAGGCACUUAGGGUUGAAGAUUUGUACGACAGUAGCGACUUGGAAAGUAGCGACGAUAACGACUGGGGCACCGACGAAGAUCUGGAUGAAUAUGAUGAUUUCGGCGAUGAAAUGUACGAUGUGGAUGAUUUUGACGACCUGCCCUAUGCCCACGUAUAUUCUCGUAAAGAUUUUGAUGAUGAUGAUGGCGACUAUGGCGAGUAUGACGAUUACGACGAGUUCGACGAUUCCGAUAUGAACUCUUCGCUCGAGAGCGGUUCCUUCUCGUCGGAGAAAUCCAGCUCAUCGGAGAGCAACUACCGCAAGUACAUAAACAAUGGGGAACGGUACGAUAGCGGCGAUAGUUCGGACGAAGAUUAUGAAGUAGCCGAAGACGAUACCAAUACCGUUCAUAUUCCGUACGGUGCAGCCGUUAUGCAUGAUUUGAGCGAUGAUAAUCUCGCCUUCGAUCCACAAAGCAAGCGUGGACAGAUCAUCGAGCUGCCGAACGACGCUAAUGAACGCGAGGCUUCCGUUGUGCAGGAAGCUACCGAAGUGAAGCAAGUCGAAGAAAAAGUCAUCGAGCAGAAGGAGCCCGAUGUAGCGCAGGAUGAAGAGGAGGAGGAAGAGGCAGAUAACUCGAGCCCGCCGACCGUACCGAUCAACCCAACACCGACAGAAUAUCAAUUUUUCAAUGCAGUCGACUUACGCAUGUCGCUUGCCGUGCUGAAAUCACCCAUCUACAUGUACGGCCACCUGUCCGUGCAGGUCCUGUCGGGAAGGGUGGAAAUGUUGGGCUACCAGCUGGACGUGGCGGAGAAACGUACCGUGUACGCAUCGGGUGGCUACAAUGCGAUCAACCUCACUCCCCUGCCAACUCCGGCCACCUUCAGCAAGGCAGCACUGGAGCGUAUCGUUGGCAAACUGAAGCCACAUUUUAUCGAGUCCGACAUUGAGACGCUCGUAAAGCAGUUCGAUCCGUCCAACAGUGUGCUUGUGCUGUUGCGGGCGGAUCUGUUCAGUGCGACCGAUACCGUACCGUUGGUGUGUAAGGUGCUGCCGUACUACAAUCUGUUCCCGACUGCGCUUACCCUCGACAAUGGUUCACCCUUCCGUACGACGGAAAUGCUGCUCGAGAUAGCGCUGUUCCAGCCGGCAGCGAAAAAUGUACCCCUGUUUCAAGCGAAUCCGGCCUGGGAUGCGGUACAGCUGAAGCCGGACAGCCGUCUGAUUGUGGUCGGUGGCAAGGGUUCGGGAAAGUCUACCCUCUGCCAGUAUUUGAUCAACCGGCACAUCAAACAGUUUGGGCGAAUUCUGCUGAUCGAUCUCGACAUUGGGCAGCCGUUGCUGUUUUUACCGGAAACGGUGAGCGUUAGCCUGGUGGAGGCACCGAUCCUCGGUGUGGGCUACUUUGCGGAUGUGAAACCUAUCUGGUGUCAACUGUUCGGAAGCUUCAACGUGGUCUCCUCGCCGUUGGUUUACGUGCAGAACGUACGUUCCUUGGUGCGGUUCUGCGCGGAGCAUCCGGACCUGAAGGGCAUACCGUGGAUCAUCAACACAAUGGGAUACGUGGUAGGAUUCGGCGAGGAGCUGACGAACGCGAUCGUACGGCUCGUGCAGCCAACCGAUCUGGUACAGCUAACAAUACCGAAGCUGUCCAAAAAGCAGCUACCGAUGAACAAAGCACAGAACUACGCCAAUCAGCUCAAGCCGGACCUGGUGAAUGCGUUCAAGUUUAACAUCCUGCACGAGGAGGUUCAACUGCAGUCGAACCCGGUCAAAUAUAGUUUCUACGAGUUUGAGGUUGCGUUUGAGACGAGCAGCGAAUCGUUCUACCCACCGAGACGACGCACCAUAGCGAUCAUGGCGCAGCUGGUAAAGAUUUUGGGCGAUACGGCCGAAUCGUUUGCCGAUGUUAAGCCACACGUAGCUCGCAUGGACGAUCUCCAAAUUUUAAUCACGCGCGACGAACAUCGCCCUUCCAAGGAGAUGCUGCUGGCCACGCUGAACGCCACCAUGGUAUAUCUGUGCGAAAGCCUUCCAAAUGGACAGUACAAUUGCUUCGGUGUUGGAAUCGUGCGCAGUGUCGAUGAGAAGGAGAACGUGUAUCUGCUGCACGCGCUGUCACCGGAACAGUUGGCCAAAGCGAAGGUGCUGGCCCUGUGCAACACAAGCCUUCCGAGUCAAGUGUAUUUGCAGCACAGUCCCAACAUUGAGGGUACAUUGCCGUACCUGCAAAACAUCGCACCCACCACCUCCACAACCCAAUCCGCUUAAGUUUUACCUCUGCGUUGCGUUAAGUUAAAACCUUCUCGAUUUUCAAAUUAAUUCCGUAGCAAAACUUUAAAAGUUGUCCCAUUUUUCGUAAUUUCAAUCUCACUCUCCCCAUACCUAUACGUCCGUUUGUCAUCAUCGUUUUCGUUGCCGUUUGUCGAAAAAUGCAGCAAAGAAAGCCAUUUUGUUAAGUGUUAAAA